AUGUCGAUGCUUCCGCCCGAAGUCCACACGGCCCUGUCCCAGCUGCUGGCCGGCCUGCAAUCCGCCGACAAUGCCCUGCGCACCCAGGCAGAAGAAAGCCUGACCUCCGAGUGGGUGGUUGGCAGGCCCGAGGUCCUGCUUAUGGGCCUGUCCGAGCAAAUACAGCUGGCCGAGGAUCCCGCGACGCGUUCAUUCGCCUCGGUUUUGUUCCGCCGCAUGGCCACCAAAACACGGAAAGACCCUACCUCGGAAGGCUCCAAAGAGCUUUUCUUGACCAUUCAACAAGCCCAGCGCAAUGCCAUCCGCGCAAAGCUGUUGCAGUGCCUCGAGGGCGAGCAGAUUUCGCAUGUCCGGAACAAAGUCGGCGACGCUAUUGCGGAGCUCGCUAGGCAGUACACUGAGGAGGGAGAACCGUGGCCUGAACUUUUGGGCUCCUUGUUUAAUGCAAGCCAGUCUCCCGAGCCGGGUCAGCGUGAAAGCGCCUUUAGGAUAUUUGCGACUACGCCGGGAAUUAUCGAAAAGCAGCACGAGGACACCGUGCUCGGCGCAUUCACGAGGGGUUUCAAGGAUGACAGCAUCUCGGUUCGUAUCGCGGCCAUGGAGGCCUUUGCAUCCUUCUUCCGCUCGAUAAACAAGAAGUCCCAGCAGAAGUACUACGCCCUGAUUGGCGAAAUCCUUAACAUCCUUCCACCAAUCAAGGAGGCAAAUGAUUCGGAUCAGCUGUCGAAGGCCCUUGUUGCGUUGAUCGACCUUGCCGAGAUCGCUCCGAAGAUGUUCAAGGCCGUGUUCAAUGCCCUGGUGAACUUCAGCAUCACGGUCAUCCAGGACAAGGAGCUUGACGACCAGGCGCGCCAAAAUGCGCUCGAGCUCAUGGCCACUUUCGCCGACUGCAGCCCUCAGAUGUGCCGGAAGGACCCCAACUACACCCCUGAUAUGGUCACCCAGUGCUUGUCGCUCAUGACGGACGUCGGGAUAGACGAUGAGGACGCCGAAGAGUGGAAUGCUUCAGAAGAUCUCGACAUUGACGAGAACGACCUUAACCAUGUUGCGGGUGAGCAGUGCAUGGACCGUCUUGCCAAUAAACUCGGUGGCGGUGCCAUUUUGCCCCCUACCUUCAACUGGUUACCGCGUAUGAUGACCUCGUCUGCUUGGCGCGACAGGCAUGCAGCUCUGAUGGCCAUCUCCGCCAUUUCUGAGGGCUGCCGGGAGCUCAUGGUCGGCGAGCUCGACAAAGUCCUUGACCUGGUGGUUCCCGCUCUGCAGGAUGUGCAUCCGCGUGUGCGGUGGGCAGGCUGCAAUGCUCUCGGCCAGAUGAGCACCGACUUUGCAGGCACUAUGCAAGAAAAAUACCACCAAGUCGUCCUUUCCAACAUCAUCCCUGUCCUCGAGUCGGCUGAGCCUCGCGUGCAAGCACACGCCGCAGCGGCACUUGUCAACUUCUGCGAGGAAGCCGAGAAGGAAGUCCUCGAGCCUUACCUGGACACUCUUCUUAGCCACCUGUUGCAGCUCCUGCAGAGCCCCAAGCGCUUUGUCCAGGAGCAGGCUCUCUCCACCAUUGCCACCGUUGCCGACUCCGCUGAGGCGGCUUUCGCAAGAUAUUACGAUACCCUUAUGCCACUGUUGUUCAACGUUCUCAAGGAGGAGCAAUCCAAGGAGUACAGGUUACUUCGGGCAAAGGCUAUGGAGUGCGCUACGUUGAUUGCUCUGGCUGUCGGCAAGGAGAAGAUGGGCCAGGACGCUAUUGCUCUCGUGCAACUUCUCGGUCAAAUCCAGCAAAACAUCUCCGAUCCUGACGACCCUCAAGCUUCCUAUCUCCUGCACUGCUGGGGGCGCAUGUGCCGCGUUCUCGGCUCGGACUUCCUCCCCUACCUGCCCGCUGUUAUUCCUCCUCUCACCGAGCUUGCUGGUGCUAAGGCAGACAUCCAGCUUCUGGAUGACGAGGAGCAGGUUGCUCAGGUCGAGCAAGAGGAGGGCUGGGAGCUUGUUCCCCUCAAGGGCAAGGUCAUUGGCAUCAAGACCAGCACUCUCGAUGACAAGCACAUGGCUAUCGAGCUCAUCGUCAUCUAUGCUCAAGUCCUGGAAGGAGCUUUUGAGCCUUACGUCCACGAGAUCAUGGACAAGAUCGCUCUUCCCGGUCUAGCCUUCUUUUUCCACGACCCUGUCCGUGUCGCUUCGGCCAAGUGUGUGCCUCAGCUUCUGAACUCCUACAAGAAGGCGCACGGCGAGUCAUCGCCUCAGCUUGCCCAGCUUUGGCAAAGGACGGCGGAGAAGGUCCUCGAGGUUCUCAGCACCGAACCCGCCAUUGAUACCUUGGCCGAAAUGUACCAGUGCUUCUAUGAGUGCGUGGAGGUUCUUGGCAAGAACUGUCUCACUGACCAGCACAUGGCUGCCUUUAUCGAGGCUGCCAGGUCUGUUCUUGAGGAGUACCAGGAGCGUGUCAAGGCCCGUCUGGAGGAUCAGGCUGACGCGGAUGAUGAGGAACUAUCCGAGGAAGUCGCCUUCGCCAUCGAGGAUGACCAGACUCUGCUUUCGGAUAUGAACAAGGCUUUCCAUGUUAUUUUCCAGAACAUGACGGUUGCCUUCCUGCCGCACUGGGAGCGUCUGCUCAGCUUCUACACUACAUUCGUAGUCAACCCUGACCCCACCCAGAGGCAAUGGGCUAUCUGCAUUCUGGACGACGUUCUCGAGUUCUGCGGUUCUCAGUCGUGGAACUACAGCCAGCACAUAAUUGAGCCUCUCGUCAACGGUAUGCGCGACAAUGUCGCUGCCAACAGGCAAGCGGCCGUCUACGGUGUUGGUGUCGCCGCCCAAAAGGGCGGUGAAGCCUGGUCCGACUUUGUUAACGCCUGCCUUCCGGCUCUGUUUGAGGUCAUCCAGCGCCCCAACGCCCGUGAAGAUGACGACGUUUUCGCGACGGAGAAUGCUUGCGCGAGUAUUGCUAAGAUUCUGCAUUUCAACAACACCAAGGUCGCCAACGUUCAGGAGGUCGUCGACGCCUGGGUCAACACGCUGCCAAUCACCAAUGACGAGGAGGCGGCGCCGUUUGCGUACGCAUUCCUGGCGCAGCUCAUUGACCAGAACAACCCCGCCGUCAUGAACAGGGCACAGCAAUGUUUCGCCUACGUAGCACAAGCCCUCGAGGCCGAGACGCUGCAAGGCAACAUUGCCAGCCAGGUUGUACGUGCGACCAAGCACCUCGUGCAGACCGCCGGCCUGGACGCCAACCAGCUGCUCGCCGGCCUCGACCAGCAGACCCAGCACACGGUGCGCGCCUACUUUGGCUAA